GGAAGGGAAUCGCGAAUCGUGAAAAGAGAGAGAUAUCAUCACUUAUCGCAAUAAAACUUCGACAAAGAGAAAAAGAGAGAGAGAGAGUUUUGGUUGAGUUUUAGUACCUAGUUUUUAGUGUCAGUAAAGUUUCCUUCUCCGAGACAUGGCCACAGUAACUCGUUCCGCUAUGAUGGGAGUGGGGCCCGAAAAUUCACGUUAAAAACACGCAAGCAGCAGUUUAUCAGCGAUAAAGAUCAAGUCCACACGCCUCGUGCAACGACACCACAAUACGCUUGCAGAAGAGGCGUCGACUUCGUCAAUAACCUCAUCUUUUCUCUUGCCCGAUUCCCGAAUUAUUUCGACCACAUCUUCCUCAGGGAAGAACAACAGAACAAAAAGAUAUAUAUAUAUAUACACACGCAUAUACAGUCGUAACUUCGGAGUGAUUAGGGAGUGCGUGCAAGUAAGAGGAGUAGUGGAAGCAGGGCACGCGUCUACAAGCUCAUCCUCGUUAGCUCGAGGAGUGAGCUGAGACACCAACAUCGUGCAACGGACUCAACAGCCAUGAGCUCCUCCUCGAUACACUUCGUCGUUCAUCCCCUGCCUGGGACGGACGAUCAGCUGAACGACAGAUUAAAAGAAGUAGCUGAAAAAAUAAACAGAUAUGGUUUUGUCACCCCACCUGCCCUCAGUGGGCUCAAAUCAUCAGUUAAACGUAUUGUUGUGGGACCAACGCACAUUGGUUUGCUUAUGGAUGAUAACAAAAUAUGUCGUGUUGCAUACACAGUUAUAUAUGACAGAUUGGACUUGAGAAAAAAAGAGCCCAACAGAAACACCAGCAAAACUCAUGCCAGUAAUUCGUCGACAAACCAAAGUAGUGGAGGCGGCAGUGGCAGUGGAGGCGGUACCGGCAGUGCAACUGGCAAUAGCGGUAGUGGUACCGGUGGCAGUAGCAGUCGAGCCGGCAUUUCACGUUCGCGUGCCCGUAUAAUGCGCAACAACUCGGCCAUCCGCGGAGGUAGCAGUGGCAGUGGCAGUGGAGGUGGUACAGGCAGUGGUACGGGAGGUAGUGGUCGUAUCAACCCACCUGGAGUCAUAAUGAGCAGUGGUGGCAGUAGCGCUCGUCCGGUUGUGUCGGUACCGGCACCUUUCGUACCAGAAGAUCUUAUUUCUCAGGCCCAAAUGGUGUUGCAAGGCAAAAGCCGCAAUUUGAUCAUGCGCGAACUACAGCGUACAAAUUUAGAUGUCAACCUUGCUGUUAACAAUCUGCUUUCAAGAGACGACGAAGAAGGAGAUGAUGGCGAAGAUGCAGCUGACAGUUAUGUCCCGGAAGAUCUUAUAUCGUUACUCGAUGGAGGCUUCAGUAACGAGCAUUCGGUUAUAAUUGAUGCCGACUCUAUGUUUUCGGAAGAUGUGUUCGGGUAUCCAGGGAUGAGGAGGUACCUCAGCCGUAGUGGCCCGUCCCGUAGACUAGCGAUUGACAGGGAUGAGCGACCGUCGGAACGCGAUAGAGAUCGGGAUAGCUUUAGCCGAUGGAGAGAUCGUCAGUAUUACGGCCCACGACGUUGGCUGGAAACUGCUUUGAAAGAUUCUUGGGAUAAAGAUCCAGAUAUCAAGAAGAAAGAACUGGCAUCUCAAAGUCCUCUUUGGAUAUCUGAGGAUUUAGAAUGGUGGAAUGAUCGUGGCGAUGCAACUCCUCGUUUCACCCAAAUUGCUGCGCUUUACAGUGAAUUGAUUGCUAUCUCGUCGACCGGUCAACUCUACCAGUGGCGGUGGUCCGAUUCCGAGCCUUACAAACAUCCAGACAACCCAAAUAUUCAUCAUCCAAAAGCUGUAGCUCUAAACGUGGUGGGCGAAAAAAUCGUAAACAUAUCGGCUGCAGCGAUUAGGUGUUCCAUCAGUACAGAAAGCGGUAAAGUUGCUACUUGGCUUGACGAACUUUUGGGACACGUUGCCUCGAAAUUAGAACAUCCAGCUCAGGCUUUCACAGAAUUCACAUUAGACAAAAUUGUAUCGUUGUACACUUGUUCACUGUAUACAGUCGCUCGUCUCGAAAGCGGAGCCCUUUAUUGGUGGGGUGUUUUACCAUUUGCUCAGAGAAUGAAAUUAUGGGAAAAGUAUAAAGCUAAGUCCAAAAAACACCGACCAUCCACUGCAUCGACGUCCGAAAUAACAUACGGUAGCUACGUGUGCAUGAAAAAUAGUCCCAUUUAUCAACCAGGAGCGAUAGGUUUCACAAUAGCAAAUGGUGUACCUAAAGUUGGACAAUUAUUGUCAGCUGUUUGGAACCUUGACGCUACGUGCCGCUUCAAAGUUCUCCCUACUGGAAUAUUGCCACCUAAUAUAACAUCUGAAAAACGAGAAACCAACAGCAAUGGAUCUUCUAACAGUGGCAACAAAUCCAGUCAUAAAGAGACCGCUGACAGAAUAGACAUGCCACCACCGCCAUCACCAGCAUCCAGCACGUGCAGUGAUACUGGUAGCAUUACGACUAGUCACAAAAGAACUAAGCGCAUGGCUCCAAAAAGUGAUGACUCUGAAAAAAAAGACGAAGAAGAAUGGCAUUUAAGAGAUGUUGUUUUUGUUGAGGAUGUUAAAUCACUUCCAGUAGGAAAAGUAAUUAAAGUGGAUGGCUGUUACGUGGCUGUUAAAUUUUUAAAUAAAGAUUUAAAGGAUAAAGAAAAGGAGUUCAAAGAUAAAGAAGGUGCCGACAUAGCUGAAGAACCGACUAAGCUUCUUGCUGAUUGCAGGCUUCUCCGUAAGGAUGAGUUAAUGGUAAUGAAGUCAUCCAUGAAUUCUCGCGCGCCAGACUGUUUCCAACGGACACCAAGACGUAUAAAUAUCGCUGAAGGCUCUAGCGACAAUCUUUUGACAAUAGCAGCAGACGGACAAGGCAUUCAUGCAAUUUCACGUACAGGAAAUAAGUUGAGCUACGUGAUUUAUAAUAUAAGCACUGGCAGAUAUGUACAAGAUUGUUACAUUCCAUCAGAUAUUUCGUCGUUCUUAGGCUUACAGCCUCAAAAUAUCAUUCUUACUAAUGCUGGAGAGAAUACCGAGUGUUCGAUGAUUUUGCGUGACGGAAAUAACACGAUAUAUCCUCUUGCAAAAGACUGCGCUGACGCAAUUCGUGAUCCCAACUGGCUGGAUCUAGUGCCAGUGCUUUGCAUUGGUGCCUCAACCAUUCCUAUCCCAAGUAUUCCCUCUAUGAACCUUAAGAACCAAGUAUCUGUUAUUGCUCUCGUUUUUGAUAAUCUCUUGCUCAUGCCAAGGAUUCUCAGAUGCGAUUUUGAAGGUGUUAAACAAGUUUUCACUAAUCUGGACCAAGAGCUGAAAGGCAAUGUGGCUCAAAUGCAAUCAAUUCUCAAUGAGCGUUGUGAUGGCAAUCGUAAUAUCCUUCAUGCUUGCAUAACUAUGUGCGCUCCAACGUCAAAUAAAGAAACUGACCCAAGCAUCGAGCAUGAAUUGGUUUCGAAUACAGUUGAUGCUAACGCCGCCCCUAUGGAAGAGCCAAUCCCAACAUUGAACUGGCCUUCAGAAGCUUUUGACAAUACAUCAGGUGAAGAAGAUUCUUUACUUGGAAUUGGAGCUUCUAGCAUAUCUAUGAUGAACAGAAGCACUACAAAUAAUACCUACAUAAUUGAUUCGGCCCAAAGACGCAAAAAUGCUCUACUUAUAUUGCAAUAUAUGUGCGAGAUUCCAGUCUUAGCUCCACACCUCAGAGAAUUGCUUACUGCUAGAGAUUCACAGGGCCAGACUCCAUUGAUGCUUGCAGUGUCGGUGCGUGCGUAUAGUGCCGCACUUGUAAUCCUUGAAACGAUCCAACGCGUUGGCAAAGAUACGAAAGACUGCGCCCCAAUGAUACUACCUGCAGACGCAAGUCCUGAUCUAUCACCCCUGUUUGUCACCUGCUGCAACGACACAUGCAGCUUCACGUGGACAGGUGCUGACCACAUAAAUCAGGAUAUCUUUGAAUGUCGCACUUGCGGUCUCACUGGGUCUCUGUGCUGUUGUACAGAGUGUGCCAAGGUCUGCCAUCGUGGUCACGAUUGCAAGCUCAAGCACACUUCACCCACCGCGUAUUGUGACUGCUGGGAAAAGUGCAAGUGCAAAGCCCUGAUCGCUGGCCGUCAGAAUGCCAGAUAUGAUUUACUAUGCAGGCUUGUGACCAGUACCGAUCUUGCAACUAAAAUUAAUUCUAGAGGCGAGUCUAUCCUUCUGUUCUUAGUACAGACAGUUGGUCGGCAGUCGGUAGAACAACGCCAGUUCCAUUCGGCACCUAGGGCGCGUUCUACAUCAGCUAAUCGUAAGAAUCCCACUUCGGACGGUAUUGUUGCUGAAUCGGACAUGCCCGAUCAUGACCUCGAACCACCGCGAUUUAAUCGCAAAGCUCUUGAACGACUUCUCAACGAUUGGUCAGCCGUUCAAUGCACCAUUAUGUCCGGUGUGCAUGAAAAUGCUACUACGGAUCAGCUGUUCGGCGAUCAGAGCCAGGGAUCAAAACAGAGUGGUACUGCGUUGCUUGACAAGUUUACUCAUUCCCUGCUUGUCAAGUGUAGUUCUGAAAUGUUGGAUACGCUCCUGACGACCCUUAUUCGAGAACUGCAGAAUGAUAGUAUACCAGGCAGGAUGGAGGAGGCUAAUAUCGUGGCGCGCAGGUUUGUUAGAUCUGUGGCGAGGAUCUUUGUUAUUUUCGCUAUCGAGAUGGCGCCCAACACGGCCAAGAGAAGAAGUACAAGUCAAGCUUCGCAACCGCAGGUGAAGUGCCGCAGAAUAUUCCAAGCUCUAAUCAAACUAGCUGUUGAAGAGUUAUGUGAGACUGCUGAUUCCUUAAUUGCACCAGUGCGUUUAGGGGUAUCCAGACCUACUGCGCCAUUCAUUCUUACAAGCUCUGCUAUUGAAGCAAUUAACGGAUCUGAGGAAUUGUUCUCUAUUGAACCUUUGAUUCCGCACAGUGGCCUUAAUGCACAGAGUUUAGAUGCUUCUUUGCAAGCCCAACAGGGAAACAAUAAUUUAUCCAUUGCCAGAGAUGCAUCAAAUAUUGACGAAGUCGAGCCCGGCGAAGAAGUUCCAAUGGACCUGGAUGGCGAAAUGAGCGAGCACGAGGAAUCCUCAGCACCUGUAAGUACUCAGCCUCUGAGCGAAGUUGACGCUGUUGCCCCCGGUGUUGGAGAAGAUCCUCCUGGUGACGGUGAAUCUGACACCGAACUUGAUUUGAUGGUCGAGGCUGAAACCGAAUCUGACUCUGACGACAACCACAGCAACCAAGACACGGCAUCAGCUCAGCGUAGUGUUCAAACAGGCGCUACUGCCGGUUCGGAUGGCGGCAUGAACUCGAUAUUGCUCUAUCCUGAAGACGAGUCUGGUGAAUCGAGCCAACAGGAAGAUGACGAAAGCGAAGCUGGAGAGACAGAUGACCAGGACACGGAAGAGUUCCAGAUUGGUGAUGAGCAGCUCGAGCGCAGAAACGGUUCCAGUGGACAAGCCCAACGCAACAAUCUUGCGCCUGUAUCAAUGCAGUGGGCCAUCCGCAAUCGUGAAACAAAUACUCGUACAACCGGCGUGAGAGUCACAGGUGGCAAUAACCUUGUUUUCAUCGAUCCGUCGUCACUCCGACGAUCAACUGCUACCUCAGCAGUUGCAACUACACAGGAGCCCAUCACCAUGGGCACGACUGCCAGUUGUCUGGCCCGAGCAUUCGGGAUUGUUAUUCGGCAAAUUGCUGACUUGCUAACAAUGAUGCAGGCCUACAAAAUGGUUGCACCGACCCUACCUAGGACAUUGGAUGUCUCGUACAAUGACGCCAUCAACUUACAGAUGUAUCUGGAGGCUCACUUGAAGCCAACGUGGGACUGGCUGUUGACAGUCAUGGAUGCUACAGAGGCGCAGCUACGUUUUGGGGUCUCCCUCACUCGCAGCGCCGAUCCCUCGCAUCCGGAGCACCCACUAAACAGUGCGCCUUCACUGUCGGGUGGCAACUUUACUGGACUACUUAACUCAGCGGCUUUGUCGCUGUCGUUGCAAAGUGGUAGUGGCCGCAACGCUCGUACCGGCAUUUCCGCCUCGUCGAAUAUAGCAGCAGGUCAAGGGUCCACGAGACUAACCGUCGGUUUUAGCAGCACUGAUGCUGCACGAAACAGUAGAGAACGUGAGGGCGCAGAUGCACACUCGGCCAGACGCGAAUUCUUAUCCUACUGUCUGUCGCUAAUGAGAGCUCACAAUGGCGAGCACAGAGACAGCUUGCCAGUUCUUGACGUUUCCGCAUUACGCCACGUAGCUUAUGUGUUUGAUGCUCUCGUCUAUUAUAUGAGGUCUCUAUCCGAACCACUGACAUCACGGGGAGACGUGCCUAAAGAUGCUUCUGAUGCUGCUUGGAAUGACCAGGAUGAGAAUGACAACGAAGAGGGUGAGGAAGACACUCUUAACUCAGCUGCUGCAAUGGAAACUGAUUCGGUUGAAUAUCCCGAACUGCUUAACAUUCCGUGCGUCUCGGCUCCCAAUAACAGUACUUUAAAUUCAAGCACCGUCAGCGGCUCGGGCAAAGGCAGAAAACAUCCCUUCCUCCAGCGUUCGGACUCGACUCUUUGUCUAGGUUGUCCUACUUUAGAUCCCUUUGACACUAGCCUCUCCGAGGCAUUACCUCUCGCUGAUCAGCCACAUUUGUUGCAACCGCACUCGAGGCGUGAAGAUCUUUUCGGAGUACCUCGUCAAAAUUCAACCGGUGGAGCUAAUGGACUAGAAGGAUUACCUACGAGGCUUGGAUUGUCCACCAGAAGCAACGAGACGCAACAGAUCAACUCGUCUACACUUAUAUUGGGUCACACUUCAGAACAGAUAGCUAAGAGUCAGGGCAGCAAUAACGCAGACAGAAGAAACGCCCAAGAAUCAAACCGAAAUCCUGGUGAAUCCAGUUCGGCAAAGUACAGUGACAAGCCAAAAGUAUACAGUCAAUCAGCCGAGUCUGUACAGUAUACGAUAGCUGUAGCCGACAUGCAGACAGAUCGAGCUCCGAUAAUUGUCUCUCCUAGCAACCAACUCGUGGACACAGAUAGCAAUAGUAGUAGUGGCAGUCCACAAAAAUCUUGUACUAACAAAAUUGAACGCAGCGUGAUAGUCCGCGCUGGCAGCAGCAGCGUCUGCUCUACCAAGUCUCAAAACAAUGUUGAUAAACAGGCUUUUUACAUGACGUCGGACGAGGUAGCAGUAACAGGACAGAGUAGCGAGUUACAGACAGCUGGUGCUAACGAGAAGGUAGAUCUCGCGCCUAACGCAUCAGUUCAAGAAGACUCUGUGCAUGACACAGUGAUGGAAACCACCCAAAUGACGUCGGAAGAGCCAGCUGAUACUGUUGCUGCUGCUGCUACUACUGUUACGGCCACUGCUAGUACUGCACCUACUGUGCCUCCAACACCAAGCAGACAACAAAUUUCUAAUCUUAGCCCCAAGAUCUCACACAAUAUCCUGCUAGGCCGCUGGAGGCUUUCGCUCGAUUUAUUCGGUAGAGUUUUCAUGGAGGAUGUGGGUCUAGAGACUGGAAGUAUAGUAUCCGAGCUUGGUGGCUUUCCAGUAAAAGAAGCAAAAUUCAGGAGAGACAUGGAAAAACUAAGAAGCAUACAGCAAAAAGAUAUCACGCUGUCUAAGGUCGAACGCGACAGAACGCAGCUGCUCAUUCAGACAAUGAAGGAACUGAAUACACAGUACAACAUUUAUAAUAGAAGGGCAUCGAAUGCACCACCACUAGCAGUGUCGCGUGUCAAAGUUACAUUUAAGGAUGAGCCUGGAGAAGGUUCGGGCGUGGCGCGGAGCUUUUACACAGCGAUAGCUGAGGCACUCCUAGCCAAUGAGAAACUACCGAAUCUUGAAGCAGCACAAGUAGGCUCCAAAUACACUCAAUGCAACGUUUUGCAAAAGCUCAAAAUCAAAGAUCGCGAUCGGGAUCUCCGACGACAGAACAUCCGAUCGUCCGUCAAAUGCAGAGAAUCGCGUCGCACACUAUCGUUUGAAGCUCGUUCGUUUUAUCCGACGACCUCUUUGGAAGGUUCGUCGUCCUCGAACUCGUCCGGCAACUCAUCUUCCGCAAAUCAUCCGCCAGCCUUCGGUCACUCAAACAACGAUCACUUAACGAUGCACCAGCAACAAUUGGGUGACAGAUUAUACCCAAAAGUGUAUGCGCUGAAACCGUCCCACGCCGAAAAAAUUACGGGUAUGCUACUAGAGAUGAAUCCGGCACAAUUGUUGAUGCUGCUGGCAUCAGAGGAAUCGCUCAGACAGAAAGUCGAGGAAGCGUAUGAACUUAUACAUAGUCACAAUCAAGAUCUGGCAAGUGAGGCUCUGCUAGAUCUCGAUGUCUUUAGUCUAACCGAGCGGUGUGGUGCUAAGAAAAAGAAUUUAGACAAUUCGAUAGUUGAUGAUCCAGAAGACAAUGCCCCGCUGUUCUACGCACCCGGUAAACGAGGAUUCUACACUCCGAGACAGGGAAGAGCGUCCUACGAAAGAUUAAACGCAUUUAGGAAUGUCGGCCGGCUAAUAGGAUUAUGUUUACAGCAAAACGAACUAUUCCCAAUAUUCCUGAACCGACACGUGUUAAAAUACAUUCUCGGUAGACCGAUAAGGUUCCACGAUCUUGCAUUUUUCGAUCCCGUCAUAUAUGAGAGUUUAAGGCAGCUUGUUGUUGACGCUGAGACAAAAGAUAGCAGCAACUUAUUCCACUUGGAUCUUACGUUUAACAUCGAUCUAUGCCCAGAGGAAGGCGGUGGCGCUAUUGAGCUCGUACAUAAUGGCCAUAGCAUCGAGGUGACAACGUCAAAUGUCUACGAUUACGUUCGCAAGUACGCGGAAGUACGAAUGGUCAAAGUGCAAGAUAAAGCACUCGAAGCGAUACGCGAGGGUGUGUUCGACGUGUUACCAGAAGGUGCUCUCGAUGGUCUCACAGCUGAGGACCUUCGACUGUUACUCAAUGGUGUCGGUGAUAUUAAUGUCUCGGUGCUCAUAUCGUACACGUCGUUCAACGACGAGUCGGGUGAGUCGACAGAUAGACUAGUUAAAUUUAAAAGGUGGUUGUGGUCGAUCGUUGAGAAAAUGACGCACACGGAAAGACAGGAUUUGGUUUACUUUUGGACGGGUUCACCAGCAUUACCGGCAAGUGAAGACGGAUUCCAGCCUAUGCCGAGCGUUACGAUCCGACCAGCCGACGACAUGCAUCUACCCACGGCCAACACCUGCAUAUCUCGCCUCUAUGUGCCCCUGUACAGCUCGCGUCACGUGCUACGACACAAACUGCUGCUGGCUAUCAAAACGAAGAACUUUGGUUUUGUUUGAGGAGACGAUAGCGAAGAAUAAAACUAUGCCGAUUCUCGCGCUCGCGCUCUCUCUUCUUUUCGUCGUCGAAAAUAUCAUCUCCCUUUUAUUUCGUCGUCUCUCGUCUUCGUCACAGCACCAUCAUUAUCUAACAAAACGGGAGCUAUCACGGGAACUUGCAAAUUCACGUUUCAGGUUUUGAACGACGAAUACUCAUUUGUGAAAUUAAUUGGUUUCACGUGUUACUACAAAAUCUUCACUUUUAUCAUUUUAUCAAUUAUUGCAAUUUUUUUUUUUUCAAGUUGUGAACAAUUUAUGACAACAACAAAAUAAUAAUACGUGGUGAAAGGUGGAAAUUAAUUUUCUUUCUGAAAAUGUAUUUCGCGUGACUGCUUUAUCGGCUAAGGUAGCAAUAAGAAACACAAGAAACAAAUAAACUUGAUGUGUGAUACGUGGCGAAUCACGUAAUGAUAUAUUUUCGUUGUAAAUAAAUUUACAAGAGACGCUCUUAUAGAUAAUCGAAUGACGAUUUCUUAUUGCUAUCAAAGUAUUCCCUCAAACUCAUAAAAUGUAUAUGAAAAUUUUAGAUUAGUGAAGAGAUCACAUCAUUACCAUUAAAAUAAACACGAGCUUUUGAUUUAGAGUAAUUUUUCUUUGUAGUUAUUAUACUUAAAAACUUAGUGGUUAAGAUGUUUUAAUUAUUUAUCGAUUAAAAUGAUUAAAUUAAGAUGGUUAAACCUUUAGAAAAGAAAAUUUGCGCAAGUUCCCGAUUUUCCAUACUUUUUGGAACAAAAUUUAAACAAACGAACGCAUAAAUUAAAAAGUAAUGGUAAGAAGUUAUACGUUGUUAUUUUUUUUUCUU